AUGCCGGUGGAAUUCAUUCGCGCAGCAACGAUGAUUCACGGGGAGCUGCCUACCUGUAGUCAGGUCGAGGCGCUUGAUAUACUUGGGGAUGUGUAUGAUGCAAUGUGUUCUACAGACUGCUGCAUCUGGGAAAUUGUUAUUUUCGGCCGGGGCGCCCCCGUAGAUAAAUGGACGCUAUGGGUGCAGUUCAAAAGGCCCGCAACUGCGGAUGAAGAAUGGGAAGAACAAAUCGAGAGAACGGUGUCGCGUACAGUCGAAAAGCGUUUUCUGGGGAUGAAGCUAUACGACGGGUCACCACUCCUGACGCUGGUUGAACCGCUAAGGGCGCGCAAUAUUAUCAGGCGUCACCAGGAAACGGCGGAGCAGGUGUUCUGGGAGUCGCAGUUUAUAAGAUAUCACGGUCUUUCAUUCCUGCCCUACUGUGACGGCAAGCUGCAGCAUGUAGAUGAGAGGCACUGGAUCCUCCUACUAUUGCAUAUCGAUGAAUAUACACUAUACAGGACAGCAAAGAGCGAGAAAGCCCUAGACGAAGCCUGGAACAGGAUCCGGCUAAGCAAACGUGGACAAUCGAUCAGUCAGACAAUAUUCGCCGCGAUAGAUGCAGCAGGUGGGCCUGACGGUCUUCUGGACUAG